AUGCCGGCCAAGAAGGAAAGGAAAAAUGCAAAGCACAGCGGCGGCAUUGCCGCAGCGGUGACCAAACAGACGGCCGGCAAGUUCGCGAGACCUGUCAACGACGGCGACGAAAGUGGAAACGACACCCCGAAGAGCAUUCCUACUUCCAACGCCUCCUCUCCUCCCAUCAACACGCCCGAGAUAAGGCCUACGGCUGCUCCUGACAAUGACAAUCCUGAGCCGUCGCCUUCCUUGGAUGCCUUGUCCACCACUUCGGUUUCUGCAAGCACCGCUCCGAGCGUGAUACAUGACUGGGCGACAAACGGAAUGGCAGCCUCUCCGAGCAACCUGAUCGCUCUGGCGAGUGAAUCGCCGCCUACGCAGCCCUCUUCCUACGAAGACUCGGGCCGCCUUCACCAUGGCUGGACGGCCCAGAGAGCCUUCAUGACGCCGUCGCCGGCAUCGCCCUCUCCGCCCACCAGUCACCCGAGGCGGCCUCUCAGCUACCAGAUGGACCCCCAUUUUGCGUCUCCGGACAACAUGCCCAGGCCUUCUUCGACUGCCGCCCACCAUCGCCGGAGCUCCCUUCACUCUCCAGUUCCGUAUGCUCACGCUCACUCCCGGAUCGGAUCCCAUCCUCCUCCGCUUCCCCACCAACCCCAGGCGCACUUUUACGGCGUCUCAGACCUCGACCUCACCAUCAAGCCGCAGUCCGGUAUGAAGCCGGGCGACCAGGGACUCUACUUUGGCUUCGACAAGCUCCCGAGCCCCUACGGCUCUGCCGGCUCCGGAAAUGUCGUCUUGGCCGGCUACCAGGGCGGCUUGGAGGUUUACGGCGUCAGCAAAAGAGGGCUGGAGCACAUCGCCAGCCUCAAGGGCCUGCGGGGUGGCGUCCAUUACGCCAAGAUACUCCCUUGGACUGCUGGCGGAGACAAGGACUCUGUGUUCCCCUUGGUGGCUUUGGUCGUGCACGGCCCUGUGCUUCCUCAGCGCGCAGCCCCGGCUGCAGGCCCGGACGACGAUGGCGACAGCGCGAGGAAAGUCGACGGUGCCACGAGCCCCCGGUCUACCUAUGCUCACCAAGACGCCUUUUCUGGCCGGGGCGGCCAGAGCGGGCAUGUGAUUGAGGCCUACCAGACGGCCGUCGAAAUCUACUCGCUCAAGACGAACAAGUUGGUCGAUGUCCUGUUGCAGGCUCCCGCCAUCCCCAUCAGCGCAGAGGUUUCUUUGACCAGCCCGAUUUUCCAACCUCCUCCUCCCACCGGGGCAUUUGCCAUCAAGGCAGAUGCCGGAACCGUUGCUGUAUGCUCCGGCGCUACUGGCGAAUGUUGGAUAUACACGCAGCUGCUCCAGGCGCAGAAUGGACACGUCUUUGCUUGCACCUCCAAGCUCUGGACUUGUGUGCAGCAGGGUCAGCGAGGCGGCGAUGUAGCCGAGGAGACGGAUAAGAUGAACCCCCUCGGCACAGCCCGCCGACCCAAUCCUCCAACGGCCAUAUUCGCUCUCAACGGUCGCAGGAUCGCUUACUGCCCGGCACCACCGUCUUCGAACAUUGCCAUCCGAGCGCAUCUGCCAGUGCCAAUUCUAGGAAGAGGGGCCGGAAUUUCAUCCCACACGCCGCCUCACCUUCCUUCGGUGACCGCUGCCGUGGAUCUACCCAUCUCUGACAGUGUCGUCAACAAGGUGAUGCGCGAGGCGACCCAGGAGCUCAUUCAGGGCGCGAAAUGGGUCGGCCAGCAGGGUUUACAAGCUUGGAAUUCGUAUUGGAAUCGAUCAACGAGCCCGCAGUCCCAACAGCAGCAACAACAGCAACUGCCACCCCGAUCACCACCUCAGCAGUGGGCUUCUCGCAACGAUGGUGCUUCAUUCCCACCAACCCAUGGUGCGUCUGCGCAAGCUGUCUCGACCAAGGAUCCCGGGCUUGUCUCCAUCGUGGACGUUGACUCGCUGGUGACGUCUCCUUCUAUCCACCCUUCUUGCACCUUCGCCACGCCUCUAGGCUGCAGUUUUCUGUCGUUUUCGCCAUCCUCCUUAUCUCUGUUCACAGCGAGCAGCAAGGGAGACGUGCAGACGGUGUGGGACCUGCUGCGUGUCCAACACACCCAUUCGUCACCCCUGCAGGCGUCGCUGGCCUCCCAUGAGAGCGCCGGCCCUCAGGUUCGCCAGAUUGCCCAGUUCUCGCGCAUGACUGUGGCUCGCAUUAUUGAGGUGGUCUGGACAGAGCCUCAAGGCGAGCGACUAGCCAUGGUGACAGAGAGAGGCACUGUCCAUCUCUUGGAGAUGCCCUUUAGCGCUUUCAUGUGGCCACCGCCGCGCAGACGCAAAGUGACGCAAAAGCCUGCCACAGAACCAUCCGAGCCUUCGAGCUCCGCCGUUUCCCUCGCAUCUGGCGCUUUUGGUGCUGCGUAUCAGGUGGCGAUGCCCUUUGUCACACGCUCUCGCCAGGGCAGCGGUAAUAGUUCAAACACUGCUGGCAGCAUACUGAAGGACUCGGCGGCUCAGGGUGGGCGUGCGAUUGCCGCGAGCAUCACCAGCUCUAUUGGAAAGACCGGCUCCGCCAUCAGCCAGUUACGCCACACUGGAGAGAACCGCGUGUCCCUGCCUCCCAGUUCCUCACUACCCGCAUCAUCAUGCGUCAUUUGGAUCAGAGGCAGGCGAAGCGCCUCUCUCUUCAACCUGGGCGGAGGCCUUGUUCGAACGUAUCCUAGCAAGUCUCGACGUCACAGCGGCAAGCGCAACACACGUGCCAAUCGGUAUACAGACCAUCGAUUGCCGCUGCUGCCGGAUGAUACCGUUGCUCCGGCUGUUCGCCAGAUCCUAGAACUGGGCGCCCAGGAAGAGUAUUUGGAGCUGUCAGAGGCUGAGAUGGACGUGGGAACGACAUUGACGCUCAAGGGUCGCCCACGCGUGGUUUCCAACACUCUCCAUACCAUGGGCGAGACUAUUCCUCAGGCGGAAAUCGAGUGCAGUGCGCCAUAUCAACCUUUCCACACUGACAGACGCGUCGUUCUUGGCGAAUAUACUCCAGCCUAUGGCAGUCAGCUCGUUGGAUCGGACGUCCUUGCAAACUCUUCGAUGGAUGCCAAUGCCGCGCCGACCUCCAAGAAGACAAAGAAGGCUCAGCAUCUGAGCGCGCAUGCGCCAAACGGCGGGUCGGAUGCAGCCGCCUGGGCGUUUGGGCAGGACAUUUCCGUUGUCAAGCUGGAUCUGGGCCUCCCCUCUGCUUUUGAAGACGAAUACGACGAUCCAGAGGACCACCGACCUCUGCCUCCAUCAGCCAUGGAGCGUGUUAUGGAGUAUGGCGAUUCAGAGCAGAUUGUCGUUACGACGAGGCGACGACGUGGAGCCCACCAGGGGGAUCCUGACGGUGACGGAUUCUUUGAGGACGACUGCGAGGUUCUCGAUUUUGCCGACCAGAGAGUCUAA